AUGGCCAAUCGUCUGAAGCUGAUAUUGCCGGAACUAGUUUCGGUUACUCAAGCAACAUUUAUUCAAGGACGACUCAUCUCUGACAACAUCUUGGUAGCACACAAACUUGUCCAUGCCCUCAACUCUAUGAAUAAGUGCUCUGAAGAGCACCUUGCGAUAAAGACGGAUAUUUCCAAGGCCUUUGAUAGAUUUGAGUGGUCCUUCUUACGAGAUUCGCUGACUGUUCUGGGUUUCUCAAAUAGCUGGAUUAAUCUGAUCAUGAGUUGUGUUGAGUCAGUUCAGUAUCAAGUGUUGAUAAAAGGCAUUCCUUAUGGUGAUAUCAAACCGACCAGGGGUAUAAGACAGGGAGAUCCACUGUCUCCAUACCUCUUCAUUUUAUGUUCAGAAAUGUUGGUCAGGAUGCUUCAGCAAGCUGAAGGGGAAGGUAAGAUCACCGGUUUAAAGAUUCCUAUGGACAGAAGAGAAACCAUCAAAAGCUUGACUGGGAUAACGGAGGAGGGAGGAGACGGAUUUUAUUUGGGAUUACCUGAAGCUUUUGGAGGUUCAAAGAUUGCUAGCUUGAAUUACUUAAAGGAGCGUUUCAGUCAGAAGAUUUCAGGCUGGCAGCAUCACUUUCUAUCUCUUGGUGGGAAAGAGGUUCUCCUCAAGGCGGUAGCAAUGGCUCUACCAACUCAUGCAAUGACCUGUUUCAAGGUACCAAAAGCGAUAUGCCAGCAAAUGAUUUCGAUCAUGGCUGAUUUUUGGUGGGCUAAUAAGAAAGACUCAAGAGGAAUGCACUGGAAAUCAUGGGAACAGCUUAGUAAACCGAAACAGGAGGGCGGACUUGGCUUCAAGGAUAUCGAGGCUUUCAAAAUUGCUCUGUUGGGGAAGCAGCUCUGGAGAAUGUUAACAAAGCCAAAUACCUUAAUGGCAAGAGUCUUCAAAAGCCGAUUUUCAGUUCGAGAUCUAAUGGUAGUGUCUAGAAAGGGGUGGAAAAGAGACAUUCUGGAUCUGCUUUUCUCGGAGGAGGACAUGAGUUUGAUGGAAGACCUUAGACCUAGUGGUAAGAACAGAUCUGAUGGAUACGCAUGGGAUUAUGCCCGAACCGGAAACUAUUCGGUGAAGUCGGGGUAUUGGGUUCUUACUCAGGUGAUUCAAGCAAGGAAAGGUCUCCAGGAAGUCAACCAACUUAGUCUCAAUCCACUGAUACAUCAGGAGGAAUCUAUCAAUCAUCUCCUUUUUCAAUGCUCUUAUGCCCGACAAGUGUGGGCGAUAUCUCCUAUUUCGGCCCCGCAAGGUGGAGAAUGGGUCGAUUUACUCUACACAAACAUGUACUAUGUUUUGAAUAUCAAGUCUCAACAUCCUCAGCUUGAAGGUUUGGAUAUCAUUGUUCCUUGGUUACUAUGGAGGAUUUGGAAAGCAAGAAAUGAUUAUAUCUAUGGUGGCAAGGAUUUUGAUACUAGUGAAACUCUGACGAAAGCCUUGGAGGAUGUUGAGGAAUGGAGAACAAGGAAAGAGCAUGAGGAGCAUAAAGAAUAG